AUGCUGUCGAAGCUUGUGAAAACAAGUCGGCACCUAUAUGAGCUCACUUUCCGAAUUAAAGCUCUGAAUGCGUUUCCUCGUUUCUUGCCUCGGAUUUUGCCUUCAAGCCUUCGGAUGGAUGCUGCUUUUCGAAGAGCUUUCACUCCUAGAAGAGUUACUUUUCUGAGAUUUACUCGUGCUAUCAUACGUAAUGGCCGACAUCUCCGACCUUUCUCCUCAUUGGCAAUACACCAUCGACAUUUAAAUCUUGAGCAUUCACUACGGUUACAAGCUGUUCAAGCGUCACGCGAAGGAAAAAUUGAUUAUGCUAUUCAGUGCAUAAGAACAUUGUUUGGAACAAAUCCAAGAUACAACAGAGGUUUAGUCUCCGAUAUUGUACCGGAGAACUUAGAUUCCUACGAAAUAGGGAAAAAUAUUGGAUAUGGUAGCAAUGCAGCAGUAUAUGCUCUCAGACUUCGUGAGCAGCAUUCCGGUUCUCAAUCGAAAAGUGAGAACUCAGCCAAGAAAUUUCCUCUUGCUCUGAAACUAAUGUAUAAUUUCGAACUUGAUCGAAAAACUCCCAAUGAUGAUCAUCUAUGGAGAUUUAUGGGGACAGAACUAGUUGCCCUACCGAGAAGUAAGCAGAUAUUGAAUGGUAGAAUGGGAAAGUUUUCACCAUUACCGUCAACACAUCCAAACGUAGUUCGGAUGUUAACAGCUUUUGUUGAUCAGAUGCCUAUUCUACCUGAUGCUAGAAGUAUGUAUCCGGAGGCUCUACCAACUGCUCAGUUCUACGAUGUCACUAUUCACGAGCCUCGUACUCUUUUCGUUAUUAUGAAAAGAUAUAAGAUGACGUUGAGAGAUUAUGCAAUCAAAGAGAGACGAAACUAUUGGACAGGAAGAGUUCUACUGGGCCAGUUACUCGAAGGAUUAGUUUUCUUGAAUGACAAUAAAAUUGCUCAGCGUGAUAUGAAAAGCGAUAAUAUCCUUCUCGAGUUUGACAAUUCUGAUGAUGUUCCUCACCUCGUAAUUUCUGACUUUGGCUGCGCAUUGGCUACGGGAUCUUGGAUCGUUAAGUACAAUGAUGACACAGUGGGUUUAGGAGGAAAUAUUGCUACGAGAGCCCCAGAAAUCGCUUUAGCUUCACCAUCUCCUGAUUCGAUUGUAGAUUUUUCCAUGGCUGACGUUUGGGCUGCUGGAGGAUUGGGUUAUGAAAUCUUUACCAGGCGAAAUCCGUUCUACUCGAAUUUGAAAAGUGCUACUUAUAAAGAAAGUGAUCUUCCAUUGCUAUCUUCUCGAAUCCCUCAAGCAGUUCGAAGUGUUGUGAGAGAUAUCUUGAAGCGCGAUCCUAGUCAGAGACAAACACCUCAUGUUGCUGCUAAUGUAGUAUGCUUGUCCCUCUUCCGUUUCGGUAAUGACGUUCGGCAAUUCUUAGCUGAUUGUGGAGUAACAGAACUCAAUCCGAGUCGAUUGAAAAACUCGUUCAGUGAAGUUUUGAAAGAGCUUGGCGCUCGUGCCGACAAAUCCUUGAACGAUGUUUUGACGUUUCUUUCGGCCGAAUCAAUAAUUGCUCGCAACAUUUCUCCACCGGUCAUAAGCGAUUCUGAACUACAGUUGAGAGCAACGUUCUUAUCUCGGCUUGAUCGUAAUCAGCUUUGGGAAGCAGUUGGUUAUUUUUUUGAACCAGCACAAGAAGACAAACUUUCGUUGAACUCGAUUAGUGAUUUUCAAGAAAUCACGAAAAAUAGAGAUACAUUACAUAGAAGCUCUAUAUCUAUUUACAACUAG